CCGCCUGGUGAGUGAGGUGUCUGUCUCUACCCUACCGCCUGACUGUAGGGAAGAGACGUAUCCCUGCACCAGGAUGUACUCUGUCCACCGGCCCAUCAAGAGAUGCAUCCACUCCCUCUGCCUUUACAGCCUCCCUCGUGUCUAUGUGAUCAACAAGGAGAUCUGUGUUAGAACUGUCUGCCAACAGGAUGAGUACCUGAAGGCUGAGCUCUGCAGGGAGCGGUCCGGCUGGCCCAAACGCUUCCAGAGGUCAACCACCAAUAAGAAACGCUGUCACAAUCGCCGCGGCAACCCCAAAACCUGGGAAAACAAGGCCUGAUGGGCCCAAGAUGGCGGAGAUGGAAGGAGGGGCGGAGGAAGAAGGGAGGAAGGAGAGAAGGAGUAGGAGGGAGGACACCCUUGGAGACAGAACACUGGGUUGUCUCCAUAAAAACACCCCAAAACACCAUAAAUCCACCACUCAACACCUGGUGCUAGCCUGUGCCUUAAUACACAACCACCACACAACACACACACACACA